CUGCUGCCACCUGGGGUUGUCCUAGAUGCCGAAGUGGAUUCUGGCCGUAUCCUGGGCAAACUGGCGCGCCCUGCGUAGACCCUUGGGAAACAGGCCUGGAAUUUCUGUUGCGAGGAGAGUGGGGGAAGGGGAGCCAGUAGGGAUUCCAGAGUUACUGCCUAGGCCACCGAGAGCGAGCCUUGCCACAGAUGGAGAGUUCUUCGUGGCCCCCAAAGGCAGCACUGUGCCCCUUGGUUGAAGGUUCAUAUUCAUCCUUUAGUCCAGCGAAGCCUGUGGCUUUGCAUGGGGGAGUGACUGAGUGAUGACACAGAGCUGCUCAGGCACAGCGCAGAGCCCUCACCCACGGUUUUUAGUUUUGUUCUCCCUUCCCCAGGUAAGGCCGACCUCCCAGCAGUUAGACGUCUGAGCUCUACCAUGGGCAUAGGGAUGUCUAUUGCUACAGUUGUCUCCGACAUCCGGGUCUUCCGGAGUGCGGGCCGGGGCAGACAGUGCAGCAGAAGCAUGCCCAGGAACAUGCCUAGAAGGAGCUGGAAAAAGCCUCAGCCCCAGCUCUGCAGUUUUCAGGCAGAGGAAGAACCGAUGCUGGAACAGCGCUGCAGGGGCCCCGUGGCCAUGGGUCCAGCCCAGCCCCAGCUCCUUUCUGGGUCCUCCCAGGAGUUCUCCCAGCCCAACAGAGGGUUGAGGUACCAGGGCAAGGCAGUAGCUCAGCCAGAAGGCCAAGCCACAGGCAAGGCCCAUCGUUGCGCCCACUGUCGGCGCUGCUUCCCAGGCUGGGUGGCCCUGUGGCUCCACACUCGGCGGUGCCAGGCCCGGCUGCCUCUGCCCUGUCAGGAGUGCAACCAGCGCUUUCGCCACGCCCCCUUCCUAGCGCUGCAUCUUCAGGUCCAUGCCUCUGCCAUCCCUGACCUGGGUUUCACCUGCCACCUCUGUGGGCAUAGCUUCCGAGGCUGGGUAGCCCUGGUGCUGCACCUGAGGGCUCACUCCGCUGUGAAGCGGCCCAUCACCUGUUCCGAAUGCGACCGACGCUUCUGGCGACAAAAGCAGUUUCGAGCUCACCUGAGGAGAUGCCACCCCCCUGCCCCUGAGGCCCGGCCCUUCAUAUGCGGCAACUGCGGCUGGAGCUUUGCCCAGUGGGACCAGCUGGUUGUUCACAAGCGGGUGCACGUGGCUGAGGCCCUGAAGGAGGCAGCAUCCAAGGCCCUGGGCCCCAGACCCCGAGGCCGGCCUGCGGUGACAGCUCCCAGACCAGGCGGAGACGCCGUGGACCGCCCCUUCCAGUGUGCCUGCUGCGGCAAGCGCUUCCGCCACAAGCCCAACCUGAUCGCCCACCGCCGCGUGCACACUGGCGAGCGACCACACCAAUGCCCCGAGUGCGGGAAGCGCUUCACCAACAAGCCCUACUUGACCUCACACCGGCGCAUACACACCGGCGAGAAGCCCUACCCGUGCACGGAGUGCGGCCGCCGCUUCCGCCACAAACCCAACCUGCUGUCGCACAGCAAAAUCCACAAGCGCUCCGAGGCGUCAGCGCAGGCCACACCCGGCGCCGGGAGCCCCCAGAUGGCAGCCGAGCCCAUGGCGCAGCCUGCACGCGGGGCGCCCCUGGGGUCCCCGUGGACCCCGGCCGAGGCCCCUGCGCCCCUGCACAGCUGCGCCGACUGCGGCCGCAGCUUCCGGCUGGAGCGCUUCCUGCGGCUGCACCAGCGGCAGCACAGCGGCGAGCGGCCCUUCGCGUGCACCGAGUGCGGCAAGAACUUCGGCAAGAAGACGCAUCUGGUGGCGCACUCGCGCGUGCACUCGGGCGAGCGGCCCUUCGCCUGCGAGGAGUGCGGGCGCCGCUUCUCCCAGGGCAGCCACUUGGCAGCCCAUCGGCGUGACCACGCCCCAGAGAGGCCCUUCGUGUGCCCCGACUGCGGCAAGGCUUUCCGCCACAAGCCCUACCUGGCGGCGCACCGGCGCAUCCACACGGGCGAGAAGCCCUACGUGUGUCCGGACUGUGGAAAAGCCUUCAGUCAGAAGUCUAACCUGGUGUCGCACCGCCGCAUCCACACGGGCGAGCGGCCCUACGCCUGCCCCGACUGUGACCGCAGCUUCAGCCAGAAGUCCAACCUCAUCACACACCGGAAGAGCCACAUCCGGGAUGGCGCCUUCUGCUGCGCCAUCUGCGGCCAGACCUUUGACGACGAGGACCGACUCUUGAUGCACCAGAAGAAACACGAUGGCUGAGCGAGGCCGUAGCCCUAGGGAGACAGGCCUAGAUGCCCUUGGCAACAGCCUGUCAGUGGCCCCGGUGGGUGCCUGCACUGGCGCUGCUGGAGAGACAGGUAGGGAUCCCAGAGGGACAGAGGAGGCAGUGUGAUCUGGGCUCUGUUUAGGAAUGGCGUUUCCCCGGGUGGCCAGGGAACCCAUUUUAGAAUUCAGGGACCUGGCUUUGAGCUAGUCGGCCCCCAGCUGGUUUUUCUAAGGGUCAUCUCAGACUGCCCUGUACCCUGGAAAAAUAGCAAUAGCAGCCCCGUCUACCCUUUGAGUCCUCUGCCAGAGGAGCUACCAGUGGGAAGGGGCCCCCCCCAUCCUCUGGUGUUAACGCCUUAACGUCCCCGCCUUUACUAUGAGUUACUUCAGGUCAUUUUUUGGGAGUAGGUGUGGUAUAGUCGUUAGUAAAUGAGCCCUGGGGCAGGGAAGUGGGCCCGCUGGAUUCAUGUUGGUGGACCUGCCGGCUCCUUAGGUAGAGGGAGAGGGGAAGCUGAGCUCACUCUUUUCCUUCCUUCCUUCCUUCCUUCCUUCCUUCCUUCCUUCCUUCCUUCCUUCCUUCCUCUCUCUCUCUCUCUCUCUCUCUCUCUCUCUCUCUCUCUCUCUCUCUCCAGUACCCUUCUGCAAUGCCCCCUGCAUAGGUACCCAGAUGUGUAGAGGUCCAUCCAUGUUUGGCAAUGCCACGUUCUACCUGCAGGUUGCCCUCCCAGGACAUUUAUUUACCCCUUCAUCUGCUGGCUUUAUCUGCCCUCUCUCCCCAAGUGCAGGGCUUCCCUGGUGUUUUGUUUAAACCCUUGACCCUCCCCACCUCUUUCCAGAGUGUCAGGAGUUAUGUGAAAGAGUAGUGCCUGAUGCCGGGGAUUUGCCGCAGGGAAGGUUCUGGCAGCCUCCACUAUGCACCUGGGUGCCGGGCACACUCACCCCCAGAGGCGCUGGUUCUAUUGUAGGGUGACUAAUUGUUAGAAUUCUUACUUAUAAUUACUGGAUUCUGCUUUCCUAUGACUUCUGCCUACCAGGUCUUGUUUUGUUUUCUGGAUCAAAACAGAAUAACCAUUUACCUUCCUUUCAAACUAGAGAAUAAAGAUUUGAUUUUAGAACUAA